AUGACCACGGAACAACCGAAGGCGGCGACGCCCCAAGAUCAGCCAUAUCCGCCGCCGAUGGUUGCGUACCCCAACCCUCAUUUCACCGGGGGGACCUUCCCGCCUCCGCCAGCACCCCCAGGAGCGUAUCAGCCGCACUUCUUUGCCUACGCGCCGCCCGACGGCACCCACCCGGAGGCCAACGGCGCGAAUGGUGGCGUACCAGUACCCCAAGGUCCCCCGCUCGUCUAUCCGUACCCUCCUGGUGGCAUGAUCUACUACCCGCCCCACCCACCAGGGUUCCCAGUGUCACAGGCGCCUCCUGCCCCCACAAUGAAGCCGAAGCGUAAACAAGUCAAGAUGGCGUGCACGAACUGCGCGACCGCGUGCAAACGCUGCGACGAGAGCCGGCCCUGCGAACGCUGCAUCAAGUACGGCAUGCCGAACACCUGUGUGGACGGGCAGAGGAAGGAGCGGAAGAAGGGCGUGAAGCGUGGGCCAUACAAACGCAAGAACAAGGCGAUGGAGUCGUCUCCUCUCCCAGGCCAUGAAGGAGAGUGGCCAGCCGGCGCUGCACCACCGACCGUCCAUGCAGUCCCCUCCUUCCAUGCGCCCGGUCCCGAAGGCUUCUACCCCGUUUACUACCCCGGGUUCCCCCCGCCUCCGCACAUUCAAGACGGUCAGUCUCCUCCGGAGGGCGCACACUCAGCACAGCCGCCCGUUGUCCCGUUCUUGAUCCCAGCGGGCUUUCCGCCAUACGCUCAUCACUACCCGUAUCCGCCGCUUGCUCCCCAGCCGACCGUCGACCCCGUCUCCACCUCCAGGAAAGCUCAGGAAGAUGAAGGUGCCGCUUCUGGCUCCCACGACAACGACGGAAAAACAAAGAAGAAGAAAUCGAAGACUAAAACCAAGGCCAGCGGCAGUGCCGACCCCGGCCAGCGAACGAAGCGCGCUAAAGCCAGCGAAGAUGAUGGAGUGGAUGACGACUGA